AGCAGCAUUGGCAGUCAGGACUGUAUGCACCUUUCCAUCUCAAGAUUUCAAAGUUAUGCACGCAACUCGCGCUGUCCGCCCCCCUACCGUGCUGGCUCGCCACCUUCACAAGAUCUCAUCCAGGACGCUUUUCGGCCUUUCUUUCAGGGGGCCAGCUCCCAAACUUCCCGCUCUCUCCAGACUCUCACAAGAUGACCUCUUCUACCCUCUGUCCCGAUCGCCAAUACAAACUAUGAGGAAACGCGCUGAGGCAGUGAGAUCAAUGGCGCCAUGCCCAGUAUGCCUAGAGGCUUAUGAGGAACGAAGACCUGUGCAAUUUGAGUGUCCAGAUUGUGGUUGGCCCACUCACUCGACCGAGGAGCAUUGGAAGGCUGACAAAGAACACUCAAAGUACUGCGCUAGGCUGCGAGAAGUGAAUGAAGAUGAGCAUGAUCUAAGGAGUGGCCGCGACCUUCAUGAGUUUAUCCUCCCUGGUCAGCAGGAUCUGGAGGAAGCUGUUUCCUUUGCCAAUUGGGAUACGUACUGGUACACUAGAACGCAUCCAUCAAUUGACACGGAGCGGUCGAGAAGGCACCUUUCAAAAUUGCUCACAUAUCCAGUCACCAUCUCUGGUGUCCUACAUGAAUUCAGCGGCCUAACAAUGAGGAACCAGCGAGUGACACCAGAAGGAGCCCGUUCCCUAGCAGCUCUUCGAUCAACUUUGCACCAAGCGCCUCCUCGAAACGAGGACGAAGAUGAACGUCGAAAAGUUCGGAUUUUCAUCUUGGGUGCUAGGGCAGAAUCUUCAUUGCCUCCUCAUGUAUGGCAACAGCUCCCGUACCUGUUUCCAGGGUGUCGGUUCCACCUAUUCUUCAUUGGGCCCCAGGUCUCAAUCCCGUCUAAUGCUGAUCCAUCCGGUUCAAUGUCUGAAUCGUCCUCCACACUUUUCGAGCCCCAAUCCAUGAAACCGAACUUGGGCUCAUUACGGGUCCGUGAUCAAGAUGUACAAUAUGGGGUCCCAUCAUACACUGUUGCUUAUUCGCCAACAUUGACACUAACAUCAUUGCAAUCAACAUAUGCUGCAAUUUAUAAACAUUUCGGUGCAAUGGACCCCUUUCAAGAUGUUUUCUUCGCUUUCAGCCCAGGAUUUGGUUUCCCCUCUCCAGUCAAUCCUGAUGUGCCACAGGCAGCAUCGCCUACUGAAUGGGGACCAGACCUACCAGUCAUCAUCAAGUCAAAAUGCCCACUCUUUGUCACAGGGUUUUCACCUACUGAUGUGGAGCGAGAUGUCCGUUCUCUGGAGAGCUCAGAGGGCGUUUCCGGGGAAUUCGAUUGGAUAAUUACUCCUGGCGUGAAUCCGUUCGGAAGCGAGAAGUGGGAGGUAGCAGAUUUUGACCCUCGUGUGAUGGUCAAAGUUAAUUGGGGGAUCUGGGGUAUUUGUGGGAAACGGCGGGAGGUGCAAGGACAGUAUCAAGUCGACUGAAGAUGCGGCCGACUUUCUUCGGCCAUUGCUGGAUAGAGUUUCAUGCUUCAAUGUGCCUUAUAUCAUUGUCAAAUAGACUAAAAACAUUAGUUACUGCUCUCCAGGCUGCGUACGCAAGUUCCAUUCUUGAACGACCCGGCCGUUCUCCUGUCACGCGGCGUUGACCGACUGAUUCGUGACUGUCAGCUGCCGGGCGACUUUCCUACACACCGUCCACAAAUGCCCAUCUCACUCGCCUCUGAUUCGAUUAACCCUCAGAUCGCUGGCAUACAGCCUGAGUUGUAUGACCCAAGACUAGUCCUGGACUCCACUGAAUUCCGCAUCCUAGGACACAACGAACGACCCACAAGCAAAGGCACAAAUAUUGCCUGUUUUACUAAUCCUAACCAUGAACUGCAUCU